CUGAGCGAAAGGCAAGAGCUUUCUGAAAGCUCAAAGCUGUAUUGAAAGCAAGAUGAAGCUAUCCUUCCUAUCCAUUGUGCCUUUCGUUUUAUUUCUUCUAUCUUCUUCGUUUUCAUCGGUUUUGGCUGGCAAUGUAACAUACGAUCAUCGCUCUCUUAUCAUCAAUGGCCAGCGAAAGCUCCUUAUCUCUGCUGCCAUUCACUAUCCUCGAAGCGUUCCUGCGAUGUGGCCAGGGCUGGUUCAAACAGCGAAGGAGGGAGGCGUAGAUGUAAUCGAAACCUAUGUUUUCUGGAAUGGGCAUGAGCUUUCUCCAGGAAAUUAUUACUUUGGUGGUCGAUUCGAUCUAGUGAAGUUUGUAAAGAUUGUUCAGCAGGCUGGGAUGUUCCUGAUUCUUCGGAUAGGUCCAUUUGUUGCUGCAGAAUGGAAUUAUGGGGGGGUACCAGUAUGGUUGCAUUAUAUUCCGGGCACUGUAUUCCGGACUAACAGUACGCCAUUUAUGUAUCAUAUGCAGAAAUUUACGACGUAUAUUGUGGACCUUAUGAAACAAGAGAAACUUUUUGCCUCACAAGGUGGCCCAAUCAUCUUAGCCCAGGUAGAAAAUGAAUAUGGAUACUAUGAAAAGUUUUAUGGAGAAGGAGGAAAGAAAUAUGCCAUGUGGGCUGCUAAGAUGGCUGUUUCUCAAAAUACCGGUGUCCCUUGGAUAAUGUGCCAGCAAUGGGAUGCUCCAGACCCUGUGAUUGAUACUUGUAACUCAUUCUACUGUGACUCUUUUACACCUACGUCUCCAAAGAGGCCCAAAAUUUGGACUGAGAAUUGGCCAGGGUGGUUUAAAACUUUUGGGGCCAGAGAUCCUCACAGGCCUGCAGAAGAUGUUGCCUUUGCUGUUGCCCGCUUCUUCCAGAAAGGUGGAAGUGUACAGAAUUACUACAUGUAUCAUGGGGGAACAAAUUUUGGGCGAACAGCUGGUGGUCCGUUCAUUACUACAAGUUAUGACUAUGAUGCCCCAAUAGACGAGUAUGGGUUACCUAGACUUCCAAAGUGGGGACACCUAAAGGAACUUCACAAAGCUAUCAAGCUAUGUGAAGGUUUAUUGCUUACUGGAGAAUCUAAAAACAUUUCCCUUGGUCCUUUCCUGGAGGCAGAUGUAUAUACUGAUUCAUCAGGAGCGUGUGCUGCUUUUAUUGCUAAUAUUGAUGAUAAAAAUGAUAAGACAGUCAAAUUUCGGAAUGCAUCAUAUUACCUACCAGCAUGGUCAGUGAGCAUUCUGCCCGAUUGCAAGAAUGUAGUCUUUAACACUGCAAAGGUUAACACCCAUACACACAUUGUUGAAAUGGUUCCAGAGAAAUUACAACAGUCACAUGAAAGUGUAAAGACUUUAAAGUGGGACAUAUUUAAAGAGAAUGCAGGGACAUGGGGAAAUGCAGACUUGGUGAAGCAUGGCUUUGUUGAUCACAUUAAUACCACUAAAGAUGCCACAGACUAUCUGUGGCAUACAACAAGUGUAUUUGUUGGUGAAAAUGAAGGGUUCUUAAAGAAGGGAAGUAAACCAGUUCUUCUGAUAGAAUCCAAAGGUCAUGCACUCCAUGCUUUUGUGAAUCAGGAAUACCAAGGUUCUGCAACUGGAAAUGGUACCCAUUCACCAUACACUUUUAAUCAUCCAAUCUCCCUCAAGGCAGGGAAAAAUGAAAUUGCUUUAUUGAGCAUGACUGUUGGCCUCCCAACAGCGGGCCCAUUUUAUGAAUUUACAGGAGCAGGACUGACAAGUGUAAAGAUUAAGGGAUUGGACAAUGGGACAUUGGACUUGUCUUCUUAUGCAUGGACUUACAAGAUUGGGGUGUACGGAGAACACCUAAAGAUAUACCAGGGAGAUAGUUCAAAUAAUGUAAACUGGACUCCUACUACAGAACCACCAAAAGGGCAGCCAUUGACAUGGUACAAGCUAAUUGUCGAUGCUCCUCCAGGGAAUGAACCUGUUGGACUGGAUAUGUUACAUAUGGGAAAAGGUCUAGCCUGGUUAAAUGGAGAAGAAAUUGGAAGAUAUUGGCCUAGGAAAAAUUUACAUCAAGAGUGUGUUCAAAAAUGCGACUACAGAGGCAAAUUCAAUCCUGACAAAUGUGAUACCGGCUGUGGAGAACCCACCCAGAAAUGGUAUCAUGUUCCAAGAUCUUGGUUCAAGCCGUCUGGAAAUGUUCUUGUUAUUUUUGAAGAGAAAGGUGGUGAUCCAACAAGAAUUAAUUUCUUAAGACGAAAAGUUUCCGGUGCAUGUGCCCUUGUGGCAGAGGAUUAUCCUUCCCUGGGGCUUGAUCUUGACGGUGAAAAUAAACUUGAGAAUCACAAAAACACACCUUUUGCCCGUUUAGCAUGCCCCAAAGAUACUCGCAUAUCUGCUAUCAAAUUUGCUAGCUUUGGAACUCCUCUAGGAACAUGUGGAUCCUACAGCAUAGGAGAUUGCCAUGAUCCAAAUUCUAGUAUACUUGUUGAAAAGGCAUGCUUGAACAAAAAGGAAUGUGUCAUAAAAUUGAAUGAAGAGAAUUUCAAGAAAAACUCGUGUUCUGCCGGGUUAACUAGGAAACUGGCAGUGGAGGCAGUGUGUAGCUGAUACUAAGAAUUCUGAAGGGUUAUUGCCUUACACCAUUUAUACUGAACCUUGGGAGAUGCAAACACAAGAGAGUUUUGCCCAUCUUGUCAGCAAUUUAGGCUUUUCCUUUUUUUCCCCCUAAUUAAUGAUGAUAAUAAUUUUGGUUCGUGACUA